CGGCCGCAGCGUGGCGGCGAUGGAGCCGUGGAAGCAGUGCGGGCAGUGGCUGAUCAGCUGCAAGGUGCUACCGCCCAACCAUCGGGUCACCUGGGACACGGCCCAGGUCUUUGACCUGGCGCAGACGCUGCGCGACGGCGUGCUGCUGUGCCAGCUGCUCAACAACCUGCGCAGCCACUCCAUCAACCUCAAGGAGAUCAACUUGCGCCCGCAGAUGUCCCAGUUUCUUUGCUUGAAGAACAUAAGGACUUUUCUUUCGGCAUGUUGUGAAAUAUUUGGGAUGAAGAAAAGUGAACUUUUUGAAGCAUUCGAUUUGUUUGAUGUGAGAGACUUUGGAAAGGUGAUAGAAACACUCUCAAAACUUUCCCGCACUCCUAUUGCAAUUGGCACAGGAAUAAGGCCCUUCCCUACAGAAGAAAGCGUUGAUGAUGAAGAUGUCUACAAAUGUCUCCCUGAUUUGAUAGAUGAAACUGGUGUUGAUGAAGAUGAGGAGCUGUAUGAUUGUGUCUAUGGAGAAGAUGAAGGUGGGGAGGUUUAUGAAGACCUAAUGAAAGAUGAAGCAGCACAGCAACCUAAGCAUACUGAGAAUGAUGUAAGAAGUUGUUGUCUUGCUGAAAUAAAACAAACUGAAGAGAAAUACACUGAAACUCUGGAAUCAAUAGAAAAAUUUUUUAUGGUGCCGUUGAAAAGGUUUUUGUCAGCAUCAGAGUUUGAAACUGUUUUCAUCAACAUUCCUGAUUUGGUGAAAAUUCACAGGAGUCUAACACAGGACAUCAGUGAUUCCAUUAUUAACAAAAACGAUCAGAACUUGUAUCAAAUUUUUAUUAGCUACAAGGAGAGAUUGGUUAUUUAUGGACAGUACUGCAGUCAAGUGGAAACAGCCAUAUCAUGCUUAGACAACAUUUCUAAGACAAAAGAAGAUGUUAAGUUGAAGUUAGAGGAAUGCUCUAAGAGGGCCAACAACGGGAAAUUUACUUUGCGAGAUCUUUUAGUGGUUCCAAUGCAAAGAGUGCUAAAAUAUCACCUACUGCUCCAGGAGCUGGUAAAGCACACUACAGAUCCCAUGGAGAAAGCAAAUCUAAAACUGGCACUUGAUGCAAUGAAGGACUUGGCUCAGUAUGUGAAUGAAGUGAAGAGAGAUAAUGAAACGCUCCGUGAAAUUAGACAAUUUCAACUAUCAAUAGAGAAUUUGAAUCAUUCCCUCUUACAGUAUGGAAGACCUCAGGGUGAUGGGGAAAUAAGGAUAACUACGUUAGACAAACGGGCGAGGCAAGACAGGCAUAUCUUCUUGUUUGAUCUGGCUGUAAUUGUUUGCAAACGGAGAGGUGAUAAUUACGAAAUGAAGGAAAUAAUAGAUCUUCAGAAAUACAAAAUUACAAAUAACCCCACUACUGAUAAAGAAAAUAAAAAGUGGUCUUAUGGCUUCUACCUCAUUCAUAUCCAAGGUCAAAAUGGUUUAGAAGUUUAUUGCAAAACUAAAGAUUUGAAGAAAAAAUGGCUUGAACAAUUCCAGAUGGCUCUGUCAAACAUACGACCAGAUUAUGCAGACACAAGCUUUCAUGAGUUCAAAAUGCAUACUUUCAGUCGUGUGACAUCUUGCAAAGUCUGUCAAAUGCUUCUUAGGGGAACAUUUUAUCAAGGCUAUUUAUGCUCUAAGUGUGGAGCUGGAGCGCACAAAGAAUGCUUAGGAAGAUUAGACAAUUGUGGCAGAGCUAAUUCAGGUGAGCAUGGGAACCUGAAACACGAGAAACGAACGAAUGGAAUUAGAAGGAACUCCAGACACGUGGAUCCAGGUUUACCAAGAAUGCAAGUAAUUCGAAACUACAAAGGAAUACCACAACCAGCGCCUCAGGAUGGUCCCCCAUUGCAUAUCCAGAUUGGGGACACUAUUGAACUGAUUACAGGCGAUGCCCACAGUUUAUUUUGGCAGGGCAGAAAUCUAACGACGGGAGAACUGGGCUUCUUCCCAAGUGAUGCAGUAAAGCCUAGCCCAUGUGUUCCUAAACCAGUUGACUACUCAUCGCAACUGUGGUUUGCAGGAGCAAUGGAAAGAUUGCAAGCAGAGAGUGAACUUAUUAACAGAAUAAAUAGCACUUACCUGGUGCGACACAGGACUAAAGAGUCAGGAGAAUAUGCAAUUAGCAUUAAGUACAAUAACGAAGUGAAACACAUCAAGAUUUUAACAAGAGAUGGCUACUUCCACAUUGCAGAAAAUAGAAAAUUUAAAAAUUUAAUGGAACUUGUAGAUUACUAUAAGCACCACUCUCUCAAAGAAGGCUUUCGAAGUCUGGAUACUACACUUCAAUUUCCAUACAAAGAAUCUGAAAACACAGUGGGACAGAGGGGUAACAGAGCAGGUGGCAACUUGCUAAGUCCAAAGGUGAUAGGCAUUGCCAUUGCAAGGUAUGACUUCUGUGCAAGAGACAUGAGAGAACUAUCCUUAUUGAAAGGCGAUGUCGUAAAAAUUUAUACGAAAAUGAGUGCAAAUGGCUGGUGGAGAGGUGAAGUAAACGGAAGGGUGGGCUGGUUUCCAUCUACUUACGUUGAAGAGGAUGAGUGAAUUAAAAACUUUUCUCUGCUGACCAGCAAUUUCAGGGAUUGUAGAAUUUAAUAACUUCAAGCAUUAAUGGUCUUGUUAAGUACUUAGGCAGCAGCAUUUUGUCUGUCUGAACCUUCUAGUCUUAUUGUUGGGAUUUACAAAGAACUUUGUGUGAACAGAACCUUGCCCAGAGCUGUGCAAGAAACAACCUGCAACUUUGCUGUCACUGGGGAUCAGUACAAAGUCCAGUGCUCACCUUCCCAGAAGAUUUCAGGAAAACAAAUUCCUUUAUUCUGUUUUUCUGUUUUUCACCCUGUACUACACCAUGAUUUGUAGCUCUGGCUGAAUGUUUAAUAAGUCUGUUUUCUUCUAGCUAACAUCUGUGAUGAUAUGAGGAGAUGAAGGCUUAUUAUUCCUUAUCAUUGUAUGCAGAAAAAACAGUCAUUCAGGUGGGCAUGAAGUGGAGUCGAUAGAUUUUUCAAAAUAUCAAACUGUCUUACUUAUCACCUUCUAAACAGUUGUACGCUAAAAAAAAUCAUUCUGAAGUAAAUAUGAAUGUUGUAAACGGGAGUAGCAUAUAUGUAUGUGUAAUUAGCUAACUGAAUCCUUGAAGGUUUUGCCUAAAUCUUCUAACAAUUUGUUUGAAGAAGUCAUUUCUAAAAAGUUUGGUGGCAUGAUAUCGCUUGAAAAAUUAUCUGCAAAGUGGAAUUCUGGGUUUGUUCUUUGUCUUCUCAGCUUUAUUAAUUCAGCAACUGAUAAUUUAAGUGAAACUUGAGGGUAAUUAUGGGAAGAGUCAUUUUAAAAUUGUAAGAAUUAGCAUUAAAUAAAUAUUGUAAUUCUAUUGUAUAGCAGGAUAUACUGAUGCAGGAUGAUUUCAUUUCUUGAGAACAAAAUUGUAUAUCUUAAUCUCUUGGAUGAUUCAUAUGAACCUUUUGAUGCUUCCCACUAUAAGCUGUUUUUUCUGGUUAGACAGGAUCUUCUCUUCCUACUAAAAUCACCUUUUGUGCUCUUAGAAGUUUAAUGCAGAAGGAAUUUCCAGAGUUCAGCGUGCCUGUUUCCCUCUUGUUUCCUGGGAUGUCAAUAGCAGGGCAGUGAGUGAUCUUGUUGCAGUGUUGUGAAUAUCCUUAAGUAACAGUGGAAUCCAGAUUAGUUAGCUUGAAAGAUCAGUCCUCAAAGUGGCAUCUGCCCCUUGGGUGAAGCUGUUUUUUAAGGUAUUUAUGGAGUGUCAGAAGUGCUUUAAAUUAAAAGAAAUGUGGGUGAUGCCUUCAGAUUUACUGCUUGUAAUAUUUAGAUAAUUUCUAACUCAUCUUGAAAACUUCAGAGAAAGUAAAGCUCUUUCUUUGCUUCUUCCUGGCCUCCUGGUCAUCAUGAAGAACCAAACACAGCACAGAAGAUUGCAGUAAUCCCCCUCUUCUCUGCAACCAUCAUAUCCAUCUGUUACACCUAGCAUGUGCUGUUAUGUGACCAGUUAAAAGCGAGGAUCUCCUAAUUAGAAGUCCUCUACUUGUUAGGUUCAGUUUUGCAGAUGAAACUCUGCUGAUGCUCUUAACUUUUCAAGGAUUUACCUCAAAAUUAUGUGAACUGUGAUUAUGUUGAGUACAUUGCUUGAUGGAAAAAUUCAGUGUUUGUAAAUAUGUACAUUAUGCAUAAAACAUUUUGUAAAUGACCUGUACAGCAGUGUAGACUGAGAUAUAUUGUAUUUGAUCAUGUUUUGUCAUGCAGUUUUACUGUCAGUUGUGAGUCUGAUCCUAUGUUCCCUAAGUAGAUGAAGUUAAUGCACAGUUUUGCCCUCUCAAGGGCUAGAGAAAUGGGUUAUAGGCCUGUGAAGUGUUUAGUGCUUUGCUGUCAUACAGUUCUGAGAAAGAAGCAGUUUAAUUCAGUGAGUUAAGGAAUGCAUCAGCCAUUCUGGACAGCUUGUAUUUAGAAUCAUUUUGAGUCCUCCCUCCAUCCUAAAAUUGCUGUAAAGCCUUUAAGUAACUUCUGAAUCCAGUAAUCAGCCUUGGAGAAGAAUGAAAGCCAUAGAUAAACUUACUUUUGUGGCAUAAAUCUAUGUUCUAUUGUCUGUGUUUAAUGCCCUGUAUUAAUUGAGUUAAUGCUGCAUCUUAAACUAUAUUUUCAGUACCAAAGACUUCUAGAUAUUCUGCAGUAUUUCUUUCAUGUACUUCCUUUGCUUGUAUGGAGGUUUUGUUGUCAUGCAAUGCUGAUGUUACCAUACUUUAAUUUGUAACAUUUUGUAAAUAUGUUAAGUAUAAUAAACUGGUCAAUUUGUUCUUUUGA